GAUGGGCACGGAUGUUAGCUCUGGGCCAGUCUUCCUCAGUAAAAAGAGGAGGAUUGCCAGCAGAUGUUAGCUCAGGGCUAAUCUUCCUCAAAAAAAGAAGAAAGAAAUGCCUCCAGUAUUUUUGCAUUAGAUAAAAUGCUAGCUUUUGUGGUCAGAUAUAGUUUACAAUUACAUACAUGUAGUAUAUACAUAUAUGUAUAUACACACACACACAGAUAGAUUACCCAUGCUGCUUGGGUCUCAGGGAUGUGAGUAGAAACAAAAAGUUUUUGAGGCUGAGGCCAGAUGUAACAACCAGGAAAGAUCACAUUAAUCAAGGAAAGAAAAACCCCUUUGAACUCUGAUACUGCAGUCUUAAAAGAAAAGUCAAACAGAACAAAAAUAAGAUGCUCAGUAAGUUGUUUUUCCUAUUCUGUUUUCUUUCCAUUCCCUUCUUUUGGGUGACAUUUCUUUACUCAGUUUUAUCUUUUUUACUGUUUUAUCUUUUGUGUUCUUUUUGUAGCUUUGCUUGCUUCUUAAAGUUUUUGUGUCUUUUUUUAAAGAUUCAUUUUGUUGUGUUUCAUUUUAUUGUCUGCUUUGUGGCAGUAUUUUUCAGAUGAGUUUAUUUAACUGUUAUUUUUUAUUAACUGUUGGUAAAUUAUGCUAUUCAUUUUCACUCUUCUUACAGUAUCCUUGUGUGGACACAGACAAAUUAUUUUGUCUUACUCAUGUUUGUAUGAAAUAGAUUUUCUUAGACAAGUACCAGGAAAAAGGAGGCAUAGUAACAUUCUAUGCUUCCAAGUUCACAUACCUCCUCUUCUAGUGUUUAAAGCAAAGGACUUCCGUACCUUCUCUGGCUUGAUGACCCUAACCUGGUUGAGGUCAACUUCUAUCUCUGACUCUUUGUUUCCCACAAUUUUUCAUAGUACUUACCUUCACUUUUAGAAGCCUGCUCUUUCUCCUUCCCCCUGCAGUCCUUUUCUGUUUAAUCUAGGUCUUGCUUUCAUCAGUUCCUUCUUAGGGUGAGGCCUACUCAUUCUGUAAGGAAAUAGUAGCUGCAGAUUUCUGAACUCUUGUGAGUCCUUAGAAUCCCCCUCAGCAUUCUCAGUUCUUCCUAGGCUUCUUUGCAACUUCCUGUUUAGCCUCCUGUUUGGGUCUGCCUUUGGCAGAGGUACAUGGAGUGUGGGAGUUUUUCUGUCCCUAGAUUUGUUGUUCGUUGUUAGAUUCAGUUACAACAAUUUUCGCUCAGGGUGAAUCCCUCACUCUGAGAAUGAAUAUUUAGAGUUAAUAUAUAUUCUCUCCACUAGUUUCACUAAAGAUAGAGUAUAUGGAUUGAGUACUUGGUUCCCUCCCCCUCCACCGCCAUUAUUGAUGUUUUGUACUGUUUCAGGAGAAGUACUUGCAUGAUUCAAAACUAAGCAGCCAUCAUGCUCCUGUGAAACCUUGCCUUGCCUCCUUGAAUGUUGAUGUUCUAGGAUUCUGUCCUUGACCAUCUUCACGUACUGUGUAUAUUCUCUAUAAGCAGUCACAGUAACAGUGCACCUGUGUGUUCAGGAGCAGUGAUAUUCUGACAGCUAACAAAUUCCCAUUUCCAUGCUAGGCCUAUUCUAAGUUCCUCAUCUGUAUAUGCAGUUGCCUAAUGGAUAUAUCUGCCUGCAUGUGCCUCAGAAACCUGACACUCUGAAUAUCCAGAAUAUCAAACUUGACCUCCUUCCUCCUGCAGAUUGUCUCUGGGCAACUCACUCUUUCAUGUUUCUCUCUGUGUACAUUACUGUUUAAAUCAGGCUCUAAGCCUUCCAUCUCUGCCACACUCCAGUACAAAGUGGUGACCGAGCUUUUUCAACACACACAGCAGGUAGUAUGUGUUGAUCUCAACUUUGUAGAAAAGUUGGAAUAGUACAGAGAACUCUCGCAUAACCUUACCCAAAUUCGCCAUUUGCAUUUUCUCUUUUGCUUUAUUUUUCCUUCUCUCUCUGCCGAUAUGUAUGUGUGUAAUUUUUCCCUGAACGAUUUGAGACUAAGUUGGACACAUGCUCCCUUUAUAAAUACUUCAGCAUGAAUUUUCUAAGAACAAGGACAUUAUUUUUCAUACCACAGUACAGUAAUCAAAACCAGAAAAUCUAACAUCAAUACCUUACUAUUAUUUAAUCCAAAGUUGAUAUUCAGAUUUUGUCAGUUGUCCUAAUAGUGUCUUUUAAAGUCUUUUUUUGAAUGACUGGAUGAACUUAUGUUUACAGGACAUUUCUAAUAUAUAGUUUUACUCAGAGUAUAAUACAAAAAAAGUAAAUAUUAGGACUCCAGGAAAACUUUCUGAGUUUUUAUUCCUGAAUAUUGUCAGAACAACUUCCUACACAUUGUGUCCUUGUGGCUUGGUUCUGAUAGGCGUAUGUUGCUGUAGUAUUAGAUGUGAGUAUUGAAUUCAUCCAGGAACAAGGGCCGCAGUUAAAAUCCACUCAAGAACGUAUGCAGGAGAGUGGUGCUAGAGAACAAUAGCAGCCAGUCACGUGAGGCAUGAACAGUUUUCCUAUGGCCGCUUCCUUCUGCAUCCCUGGAAACUGCACCUUCCUCGUUCUUCAGAAGGCUCCAGGGCUCAGUCUGAGUUCCAGGAUGGUACUUUGGCCCCAGCAUUAACAUUCUAGUGCUGUAUCAUUUCCCCAAUAGCAGGUUGUAAACUGAACAAGCUGUUUGUGAUCCUCUGUUGGAACAAGAAGACAGCUCUGAGUGGUGGAAAAGAAGUGGAUAGGAAAUUUGUCCAGAAGAAGCCUGAGAAGAUGAUGAGCAGAUAGAGAGGCAACAAGACUUGCAUCCAUCUCCAAUAAAGUACAGACUGAGGAAAAAAGCAGUGAAUAUAAGAAAAUUGGAAAAAUACUUCCUCUGAUCUCAGACUUUACACCUUUUAAGGCAACACCUUUAUCAACUUACCUAGAAAGAGUUUGAAACAAUUUAGAUUUAAUCAUGAGGAAAGUUGUGUAGGAAAGAAUCAUCAAUUUACUUAGUUUGGAAAUCCUGCCACAGCUUAUUCUUUAUGAUAGUAACCCCCUUUGAGUGUAAAUCAGUGUGGAAAUGCCUUCAAUUAAAAAAAAUUUGAAACCCGUCUGAUACCAGAGCGUUCAUACUGGAGAGAAACCUAUGAAUGUACUGAAUGUGGGAAAACUUUCACUCACAUAUCACCCUUCAUUAAAUGUCGAAGUCAGGCUGGAGCGAAACCCUGUGCUUCUAAGGAAUAUUGAAAAGCCUUUAGCUAGAUGACAGAUUUCAUUGAGUAGAAGAAAAUUCACCUGGAGAGAAACCAGUGACAGUAACAAAACGUCACUGAGUAGUGGAAAAUUUAUACUUGGAGAGAAAGCUUUGAAUGUACUGAGUAUGGUAAAAUUUUCUCUCAAACUUUAAUCCUUACCCUACAAUUGAAAAGGUCAUACACAAAGAACUCCUACAGAUGUAAGAAAUGUGGAAAUACCUUCAGCCUAAAGUAAAUCCUCAUUCAUCAAGAAAUUCAUACUGGAGAGAAACCUUGUGAAUGUGGGAAAGCUUCCAUUCAGAUGUCACACCUCAGUCAGCAGAGAAUUUGUAGUGGGGGAAACCCCUUUGCCUGUAAGGUAUGUGGGAAAGUCUUCAGCCACAAAUCAAAUCUCACAGAGCAUGAGCAUUUUCAUAAUAGAGAGAAACCUUUUGAAUGUAAUGAAUGUGGGAAAGCCUUCAGCCAAAAGCAGUAUGUCAUUAAACAUCAGAACACCCAUACUGGAGAGAAGCUCUUUGAAUGUAAUGAAUGUGGAAAAUCCUUCAGCCAGAAGGAAAACCUCCUUACGCAUCAGAAAAUUCACACUGGAGAGAAACCUUUUGAGUGUAAGGAUUGUGGGAAAGCUUUCAUUCAGAAAUCAAACCUCAUCAGACACCAGAGAACCCACACAGGAGAGAAGCCCUUUGUAUGUAAGGAGUGUGGGAAAACCUUCAGUGGCAAAUCAAAUCUUACUGAGCAUGAGAAAAUUCAUAUUGGAGAAAAACCGUUUAAAUGUAGUGAAUGUGGAACAGCUUUUGGCCAGAAGAAGUACCUCAUAAAACAUCAAAACAUUCACACUGGAGAGAAACCGUAUGAAUGUAAUGAAUGUGGAAAAGCCUUCUCUCAACGAACGUCACUUAUUGUACAUGUGAGAAUUCAUUCAGGUGAUAAACCUUAUGAAUGCAAUGUAUGUGGAAAAGCCUUCUCUCAAAGCUCAUCUCUUACCGUGCAUGUGAGAAGCCAUACAGGGGAGAAACCCUAUGGUUGUAAUGAAUGUGGGAAAGCUUUCUCUCAGUUCUCAACCCUUGCUCUGCAUUUGAGAAUACACACAGGUAAGAAGCCUUAUCAAUGUAGUGAAUGUGGGAAGGCCUUUAGCCAGAAGUCUCACCACAUUAGACAUCAGAAAAUUCAUACUCAUUAAAAGCCCUGUGAAUACCUUGAAAAUGGGAAAGCAUUCAUCAGGAAUUUACACCUCCUAGCACACCAGAAAUAAUUGUUCUGAAGGAAAGCAUCACAAUGAGGGAAAGAAAAGCUAAAAACUUAUGGGACACCAUGCCGAGAAGGACAUUUGUAUGAUAAAAAUCCUGUGCUCAACGAAAAAACCUCCAGCAAAGGUAAUGCUGAAUCUUAAGACACAUUACCACUAAAAUUGGGAAUGGAAAACAUGCUUAUUGCUAUCUGCGUAGAUCUGGAGAUCUUCAGUGUAAUAAAAAGAAGUCAUGAGUUUUGGAAAGGAAGAGACUUUUAUAAUAUUGCUUUAGCAGAACAGAAGAGAUUCUGGAAACACCUAUGCAUUUAUUAAAAUUUAGAAUAUGAUAGAAAUGGCAUCAGGAGGUGAGAAGAUAAUGGGACUAUUUAACAAAUGAUUUGGAGGUAUUUUGUUCUCCAAGGAAAAAAAAUAGACCAUGAACUAUAUGCAAAGGUAAGAUCUAAAGGGAUUAGAAGCAGGACUAUGACAAAGCUAUAUAUACUAAAAUUAUGACCUUGGGAGUAGGGAAACAUUCCUGACAACAAAAAUCCCUAGCAAUUCUCUGAGUUUCUAUGCUCAGGAAAUAUAUACCAGGCUAUAUACUGUGGCAUGAUUUGUAGUAGCCAUAAAUUGGAAACAACUUAAAUGCCCAUCAGGAACAAAAUGGAAAACAACUUAUGAUGGAAUACUGUAUAUCUGUAAAAUGUAACAAAUGAGAUCUACAUGUAUUACAGAGAAGGAUCUCAAAAAUUAAGUUGAGGGGGGAAAAUGAAGUUGCAGAAUGACACAUAUAGUACGAUGACAUUUUUGUAAAUUUAAAUUAAAACUUCUUUCACAAAAUUCAGUACUAUAUAUUGGUAAUGGAUACAUAUAUGUAUGUAUGUUUUUAAAAUGUUUUUGAAGUGGGUUGGAAGGAUACAGACCAAACUCUUGAUAGUGGUUGCCUGUGAAGAGUGGAGUGGGGAAUGAAUGGGGAGGGUUAGGGUAGGGAUUCAUUAAAGGGGACUUCAGUUUUAUAUAUAAACAUUCAUUUCUCUUAAAAAUGAAAAAGACUGCAAGUAAAUAUAUCAAAAUGUUGGAUAAUUCUGGGUUAUGGUAUAUGGAUAUCUUGUCUUAUUUUUUGUACUUUUCUGUAUUUUUAAAUUUUCUCAUAAUUGAUAAGAAUGGGGGUGAGGAUGGGAACACUGUACCUAUAGAAAUCAUGUUCUAAUGGAUUCAUUCCCAAUCAAAUACUAAACUUUUUAUAGAAAAUAUUUCUAAAAUUUUAUCAAUGAUGAGUUGAUGGACUUGCUCUCUAUGUAAUAUGAAAUAAUCUAUUUUAUUAAAAUUAAAAAUGACA